AUGGAGUGUGGAAACCUAUCGAAAGUGACCCAUUUUGUCUUGGUGGGUCUCCCAUAUGCAUCAGUGCUGCAGCUGCCCUUGUUCUUCUUCUUCCUCCUCCUCUACCUGCUGACACUGGGUGGAAACUUGCUCAUCCUCCUGGCAGUGGUCUAUGAGUCACGGCUGCACAAACCUAUGUACUGGUUCCUCUGCCACUUGUCCUUCCUGGACAUAAUGGUCUCCUCUGUGGUGGUGCCCAAGGUGAUCUCUGGCUUCAUGGAGGGUGGCAAGGCUAUCUCCUUUGGUGGUUGUGUGGCACAGCUCUUCUUCUUCCAUUUUCUGGGCUGUACAGAGUGCUUCCUCUACACAGUCAUGGCCUACGACCGCUUCCUGGCUAUCUGCAAGCCACUGCACUAUGGCACCAUUAUGGGCCGCCGCACUUGCCUAGGUCUUGCCGCAGGGACCUGGCUGGGUGGUUCUCUGCACUCACUGAUAGAGACUGCACUCACCUUCCACCUGCCUUAUGCCCGGAGAAGCCAGAUACAUUACAUCUUCUGUGACAUCCCGGAUGUGCUGCAGCUAGCCUGUGGGAACACUGCACUUAACAAGAUGGUGACUUUCCUUGAUGUUGGCAUUGUGGCCAUGACCUGCUUCCUGCUGAUCCUGACAUCCUAUGUGUACAUCAUCUCAGCCAUCCUGAAGAUCCGCUCUGCUGAGGGCCGGCACCGAGCCUUCUCCACCUGUGCAGCUCACAUCACUGUGGUUGUGACUUACUACGUCCCUCUGGUCUUCAUCUACCUGAGGCCAGGGUCCCGGCAUCCACUAGAUGGUGUGGUGGCUGUCUUCUAUACCACAGUCACCCCACUCCUUAACCCCAUUAUCUACACACUGAGGAACAAGGAGAUGAAAGCUGCCGUGAUGAAACUGGGGAACAGAAGACCUCAGGGCCCUGAUCUGUGA